UCGCCGCGUUAUUUGCUCUCAUUUGGUGCUGCUCAUUUGCUUUAACAUUACUAUUUUACCUCAGGUUUAGUAUUUUGCCUCAGGUUUUGCUGUGUCGCUAAUCACCCCUACCCGGAGAUAUUGCCUUUUUUUUUUUGCAGAGACCAGCAAAAUUGUCAGCUUGUUGUGUCUGAGAGACUAUCAUCAUUUACCAAGUCUUCUCCUGCAAAUGAAGGUUAAACAUAAGAAGGUCUAAGAAUGCAUUAUCUGGUCUGAACACAUCUCAUGAAGAGAUGGAGGAGCAAAAUUACCAGUGUCUAGGUUCUGGGAAGAUAUUAAGUGACCAAUGUAAUCGGAAAAAAGUUCACACAGGAGAGAAACCGUAUCACUGCUCACAGUGUGGGAAGAGUUUUGCUCGUUCUAGUGAUCUUCGGAGACACCAGCGCACUCACACUGGAGACAAGCCAUAUCCCUGCUUACUGUGUGGGAAGUGUUUUACCACUUUUAGUGUCCUACAAAUACACCAGCGCAUUCACACAGGAGAGAAGCCAUAUUCAUGUUUACAAUGCGGAAAGAGUUUUUCUUGUUCUGGUUAUCUUUGCAAACACCAAAACGUUCACACAGGAGAGAAGCCCCAUCACUGCUCACAAUGUGGUAAGAGCUUUAAAACUGCUAGUGAUAAACGAACACACCAGCGCAUUCACACGGGAGAGAAGCCGUAUUCAUGUUUAGAGUGCGGGAAGAGUUUUGCUAGUUCUAGUAAUCUUUUGAGACACCAGCGCAUUCACACUGGAGAGAAGCCCUAUUUCUGUUCACAGUGUGGGAAGAGCUUUACCACUGCUGAUCAACUCCAAAUACACCAACACGUUCACACAGGAGAGAAGCCAUAUUUAUGCUUACAGUGUGGGAAAAGUUUUACCACUGCUGGUAACGUACGAACACACCAGCGCAGUCACACAGCUGAGAAGCCAUAUCACUGCUCACAGUGUGGGAAGAGCUUUAUCACUGCUGGUGAAGUACGAACACACGAGCUUAUUCACACAGGAGAGAAGCCAUAUUCCUGCUCACAGUGUGGGAAGAGUUUUAACAAUGCUAGUAAUGUACGAAAACACCAGCGCAUUCACACGGGAGAGAAGCCGUAUCCAUGUUUACAGUGUGGAAAGAGUUUUGCUGCUUCUUAUCAUCUUCGGAUACACCAGCGCAUUCACACAGGAGAGAAGCCAUAUCACUGCUCACAGUGUGAGAAGAGCUUUACCACUGCUGGUGAAGUACGAAAACACCAGCGUGUUCACACAGGAGAGAAGCCAUAUUCCUGCUCACAGUGUGGGAAGAGUUUUACCACUGCUAGUACCGUACGAACACACCAGCGCAUUCACGCGGGAGUGAAGCCGUAUCCAUGUUUACAGUGUGGAAAGAGUUUUGCUGCUUCUAAUCAUCUUCGGACACACCAGCGCAUUCACACAGGAGAGAAGCCAUAUCACUGCUCACAGUGUGGGAAGAGUUUUACCACUGCUGGUGGAGUACGAAAACACCAGCGUGUUCACACAGGAGAGAAGCCAUAUUCCUGCUCACAGUGUGGGAAGAGUUUUACCACUGCUAUUAACGUACGAACACACCAGCGCAUUCACACUGGAGAAAAGCCCUAUUUCUGUUUACAGUGUGGGAAGAGCUUUACCACUGCUGAUCAACUCCGAAUACACCAGCACAUUCACACAGGAGAGAAGCCGUAUCCCUGCUCACAGUGUGGGAAGUGUUUUACCAGUCCUAGUCACCUCCAAAUACACCAGCGCAUUCACACAGGAGAGAAGCCGUAUCCAUGUUUACAGUGCGGGAAGAGUUUUGCUAGUUCUAGUAAUCUUCUGCGACAUCAGCACAUUCACACCGGAGAGAAGCCGUAUUUCUGUUCACAGUGUGGGAAUUGUUUUACCACCUCUAGUAGCCUCCAAACACACCAGCGCAUUCACACUGGAGAGAAGCCGUAUCACUGCUCACAGUGUGGGAAGUGUUUUACCACUCCUAGUAAUCUCAAAACACACCAGCGCAUUCACACCGGAGAGAAGCCGUAUCACUGCUCACAGUGUGGGAAGUGUUUUACCACUUCUAGUAGCCUCCAAACACACCAGCGCAUUCACACUGGAGAGAAGCCGUAUCCAUGUUUACAGUGCGGGAAGAGCUUUAUCUCUGCUGGUCAACUCCAAACACACCAGCGCAUUCACACUGGAGAGAAGCCGUAUCCAUGUUUACAGUGCGGGAAGAGCUUUAUCACUGCUGGUCAACUCCAAAAACACCAGCGAAUUCAUACAAGAGACAAGCCGUAUUCAUGUUCACAGUGUGAGAAGAGCUUUGCUAGUUCUAGUGAGCUUCGGAGACACCAGGCCAUUCACACAGAUGAGAAGCCGUAACACCAUUGGACGGUGGGAAAUUCUUACGUAUUGCUGUCAUGUCUAAAUACACUGCCUGGACAAAAAAACAUAGACAUUUUAUCAAAAGGGUCAAUUUAUUGGGCUGCAUUAAGCAGAGAAAAUUGAAAGGUUUAAAAUUCAUUGAACUGGGUUAAGUAAAAUUAAAAUUACCACCUUUUGGAAGGAUAGUACUGAACCAUCAACUUUCAUAAAGAUAGGAUUUUUGGGCAAAGGAAAAAGUCAUGUGGUCUAAGUCCAAAUUGAUCUUAUCCAGAGCAACUGUGCAUCAGGUUAAAAAGGGAAAUGCAUGUAGCAAUUCACGCAUCGUUUAUAGUGGUGACUGUAUAAGCCCCUGGAGGUGAAUCUGGGUUAGCUUUAGUUGCUCAGGUCUAGACUCGGCAACGUUAGGUGUGAAUAAAAUGAAGUCAGCUGACGACCCGAAUGACCUGGUUAUUUCUAUCCAGGAUGGAGUUUUUCCUCCCCUGAUGUCGCAUUCAUAUUCCAGGACCUGUGAAAGAGUGGUUCUGGGAGCAUGAGAAAUCAUUUUCGCACAUGAACUGAAAACUUUGUGUUUGCAGUAAUCAAAGCUUUAUUUUUUUUGCGAGGCAGGGUACAUCAAGAUGUGGAUGGGUGUUGGGUUACGAUGAACUGUGUUUUACCCCAUACCCAGCUCCCAAAUGAACUCCUUCAAGAAGCAAGUUAUCCAGAAAUAAAAUUACAAUGUAAACUUUUUUCAUUCACUCUAAAUGGCUGAAAGAGCUACUUGAUUGGUCUCUAGUCUUGAAUCUAGUAUUCUUGAUUCUAAAAACAUAUCUCUCAGUCUGUAGUCAUUAGUUCUCUCAGUUAACUAAUCAUUACUUGUUUUAGGUUUUCUUACCAAGAUGUAUGAUGAUCAUGUGCUUUUUAGCAAUAUUGUGCUUUGUAAAAAUAUUUGUAGCAGUUUAAAACAAACUGUAUUUUAAAAUCUGAUUUCUGAUCAAAUAUAUUCAUUUACAAUGUGCUACAUUGGCUCUGACACAGCCAGUUCGUGGUCUCAAGCAAUGUCCCAACCACAGCACAGUUUAAUUAGUUCGAUGUCGCCACUAACUAACCAUUAACCCUGAAGAAUAACACAGAUGUACAGAUUGUAACAGUUUUGCUCACUGAAGCAGCCUCAGAAGUGUGUUCACUUUUAUUUUCUUAUUUGUAUGUUUAUUUUUUAACAAAAUUUAGUUAACUUUAGAGCUCCCUUCACUUUUUAUUUUAAGAUACUUAAAAAAAAAAAGUUCUUUAAAAGAUAUGAAAUUUUGUCCCGAAGUUAGUAUGAAAAAUUUAUUUCCUGUUAAGUAGAUACAUUUCACUACUCUUCUAAGUAGCUACUUCUUUAGUCUCAGGAACUUCCAGUUUAGAAGUCCAAUAACCUCAUGAUUGAGAAUCUUCACGAACAAUGAUGGCUUUAUUAUACACCACCAUUUGCAUGGACAGUAUGAAUAUGCACACCGAAACCCGGAUAAGUUCUACUAACUCAAAAAUAUGAGGCAACUGAUUGUUGCUAUUUUUUUAAGUUUACAAACUUAAAUAUCAUCAGUAAG